AUGCUCUUCAACGCACUCCGCACACGCGCCUCGAUGGCCAGGACCAUGGUCCGUGGAGGCCCGGCUGCCGCACAGAAGCGAUACCUGUCGAUCCACGAGCAUCUGUCUAUGGACGUCCUCACCAAGUACGGCAUCAACGUCCCCAAGUACAUCGCUGCCAAGACACCCGAGGAGGCUUACAAGGCUGCGCAGUCGUUUGGUGGCAAGGAGAUCGUCAUCAAGGCGCAGGUGCUCGCCGGUGGUCGUGGUAAGGGUCACUUCGACUCUGGUCUUCAGGGCGGUGUUCACCUUAUCAAGACGCCCGAGGAGGCUCGCGACUUGGCGUCCAAGAUGCUCGGCAACAAGCUCAUCACCAAGCAGACUGGUGCUGCCGGUCGUGUCUGCAACGCUGUUAUGAUCGCGGAGGCCCGUCCCCCACACCACGAGUACUACGUCGCCGUCCUCAACGACCGUGCUACCCAGCUGCCCGUUUUGAUUGCUUCCAACCAGGGUGGUAUGUCGAUCGAGGAGGUCGCUGCCGAGAACCCGGAUGCCAUUAUCACCACCCCCAUUGAUUUCGAGAAGGGUCUUUCCAAGGAGGACGCGCUCGGCAUUGCAAAGAAGCUCGGCUUCACCGGCGUUAAGCAGGAGGAGCAGGCCGCCGACACCUUCCAGAAGCUCUACAAGCUGUUCGAUGAGAAGGACGCCACCCAGGUUGAGAUCAACCCGCUCGCCGAAAGCAAGGACGGCGAGGUGCUCUGCAUGGACGCCAAGCUCGGAUUCGACGAGAACGCCGACUUCCGCCAGGCUGAUGUGUUCAAACUCCGCGACACCACUCAGGAGGACCCGGACGAGGUCGAGGCGGCCAAGUACGGCCUCAACUUUAUCAAGCUCGACGGCAACAUUGGCUGCCUCGUCAACGGCGCCGGUCUCGCCAUGGCCACCAUGGAUGUGUUGAAGCUCAACGGCGGCAACCCGGCCAACUUCCUCGAUGUCGGUGGUACUGCUUCGGCCGCCUCGGUCAAGAAGGCUUUCGAGCUGCUGCUCAACUCGAGCGAGGUCAAGGGCAUCUUUGUCAACAUCUUCGGUGGUAUCGUUUCAUGCAAGAAGAUCGCCGAAGGUAUCAUUCAGGCUACCCAGGAGCUCGAUUUGACCAUCCCGCUCGUGGUGCGUCUGCAGGGCACCCACGAGAAGGAGGCAAAGGAGCUCAUCAAGAACUCGAACCUCAAGAUCUUUGCCUUUGACGGUCUCGAUGAGGCUGCUGCCAAGGCGGUCGAGAGCGCUCACAAGGGUACUCUUUAG